AUGGGUUCCGUUGACUCAACCUCGCUGCGCAACAUUCGCAAGGUACUGGUCGCCAACAGAGGCGAGAUUGCCGUCCGUUGCAUCAAAGCCUGCCGCGAAUUGGGAGUCCGUAGUGUUGCCAUCAUCACAAAUGCUGAUGCAACUUCACUACAUGCAACGCUGGCAGAUGAGGUAGCCUUGCUACCAGGCGAAGAUAGCACCGCCUACACGAAUGGCGAGGCGAUUCUCAAAAUUUGCAAAGAAGCAAAUGCAGACGCCAUCGUCCCUGGAUACGGCUUUUUAAGUGAAAAUGUCGAAUUCGCAACUGCUGUUUCUUCUGCCGGUAUUACUUUUGUCGGGCCUUCCUCUGCAUCCAUCAAUGCGAUGGGACUCAAGCAUGAAGCCAGAGCUAUCGCCCAAGCCGCAAAUGUGCCGGUAAUUCCAGGCACACAACUCCUGGAAUCCGCCAAAGCAGCCGUAGAGGCUUCAAAGCGUCUGGGCUGCCCCGUAAUGUUAAAGGCCACGGGGGGUGGCGGAGGCAUGGGAUUACAGAUAUGUCAUACUGAACAAGAGGUUGAGAAAGCAUUCGCCAUGGUUGAGAGCCGGGCUGGCGCCCUCUUCAAGAACAGCGGAGUCUUCUUGGAAAAGUACUUUCCAAGUUCACGCCAUGUUGAAGUCCAAGUCGCCGGCAAUGGAGAAAUCGUGGUCGCAUUUGGAGAGCGUGAGUGCUCGCUCCAGCGGCGACAUCAGAAAGUAGUCGAGGAGUGUCCCAGUCCGUUUGUAGAGCGUCAUUCUGGCCUACGCGAAAAGAUGCUUCAAGCCGCUGUCAACUAUGCCUCACAGCUGAAAUACAAGAGCGUGGGCACGGUUGAGUUUCUCGUGGAUGAUGAAACUGCCGACUUCUUCUUCCUUGAGAUGAACACGCGAUUGCAGGUCGAACAUGGAAUCACCGAGUUGUGUUAUGGAGUUGAUCUGGUACAUCUCAUGCUGCGACAAGCCGACUACGAACGCGGUGGCUCUAUCGGGAUUCCGUCUGAUGUCCUGAAAAGUCUUGGGCGACCUCAGCCACUCGGAUCGGCGAUCGAGGUACGGGUGUAUGCUGAAGUGCCGCUGCGUGACUUUGCCCCUAGCCCUGGCGUCUUACAACAUGUUCACUGGCCAGAGGGCGAGGGCGUGCGAGUCGACACAUGGGUCCGAAAUGGACAGAGGAUCACUCCAUUCUAUGAUCCUUUGAUUGGAAAGGUCAUGGCCUAUAGCCCUGAUGGUCGUGCCGCCGCUCAAAAGAAGAUGCUUGCGGUACUUGCUGAUACGGCUCUACAAGGGACACAAUCUAAUUUGGAGUACCUGUCGAAAAUUCUUGGAUCGGAAAUGUUCACCAGCGGCAACACGUUGACCAAUUCGUUAUCGACGUUCAAGUUUGACAGCUGUUCCGUACAAGUCAUUGACCCGGGUGUUUUCACGACGAUUCAGGACUACCCGGGCCGUAUUGAAGUUGGCCAUGGAAUACCUCCAUCGGGCCCAAUUGACGAUCUAAGUGCUCGAGUAGCAAAUAUUCUGGUUGGUAAUGACUCUGGAGUCGAGUUGUUGGAACUCACUCUGUCUGGCCCAAAGUUGUUGUUCCAUGAAGCAGCCGUUGUGGCAGUUUGUGGUGCGGAGCUGUCAGUUACUCUCGACGACGCAUCUCAACCUAUGUGGUCAAGGAUUGUCAUCAAGAAAGGUCAGACACUCGCGCUCGGCAAGGUGACGGGCAACGGCCUCCGAACAUAUCUUGCCGUGAAAGGCGGUUUCCCCCAGGUCCCCAAGUUUCUUGGCUCCAAGUCCACAGCUCCGGAGCUGGGCUUUGGUGGCGUACAAGGACGAAAGCUCCAGCUUCACGACAUCCUCACUCUAUCUUCACAGUCAAGAUCCUGGGCUGCAGAAGCCACGCCUUUGUCUUUGCCAUCAAACUUUAUUCCCAGCUUCACUACCAGUGUGACUGUCUGUUGCAUUGACGGCCCGUACGGAUCUGAAGACAUUCUGACCCCCGAGGGACGUACGACACUGUACGAAACUGAUUGGACAAUCAGUCACAACAGCAGCCGAAGCGGCAUCCGUUUAGAAGGUCCGCGGUUGAAAUGGGCUCGAGCAUCGGGUGGUGGCGGCGGAUCACACCCAUCUAAUGUGCUCGACUAUGGCUAUCCCAAUGGCGGCGUCAACUUUACAGGAGAAUUUCCAAUCAUCUUUGGUCCUGAUCGCCCGGAUCUGGGUGGCUUCGUAUGCCCAACAACGGUCUGCUCCGGCGAGAUGUGGAAGAUUGGCCAGUUAAAGCCUGGCAACACUGUACGAUUCCGUUCUGUUGCUUACGACACUGCCCUGGAGAUUUCGAGGCGAAAGGAUGAUUUUCUCCAAACCCUUGUCGCAUUUUCACAGGGAAACACAAGCCCAAUAUCUCCUCUCGUUGUCGAGUUCACUGAUGAACCCCCGUCUUCCAUUUUAUACCAAAAGCAGUCCCAGGGAAGCCAUCCACGGGUAACAUACCGUCAAGGAGGCGACACAAGCAUCAUCGUCGAAUAUGGCGAUCAAGUGUCGGAUCUGCGCAACACCGCUUGCGUACAGUUCCUCGCCAAGCAGAUAUCAGCUGUGAAUCUGCCGAGCGUGCGCGGCGAUCCCAACUUCUCCUCUCUCACCGUGCGCUUCGACCCGUUUCAGGUGGACCGAUCCAAACUCCUUCAGCAGCUCAUUCAAUUCGAUGACGAAAUUGGGCAGACCACCGGCGUCAAGAUACCUGCUCGCCAAGUACGGCUACCAGUUUGCCUCGACCACUCUUCAUUGAAAGAGUCUGCGCAACGAUACAUGGAGAACAUCAGGCCUACGGCGGCUUACAUGCCGGACAAUGUCGAAUAUCUUCGCAAGAACAAUGCGCUUGAGACCCGUCAGCAAGUCUUUGAUGCUCUUCUCAAGACACCGUGGCUGGCUGUCGCCGUUGGGUUCUACGUUGGAACGCCCAUCUUGUUCCCGCUCGAUCCGUGGCACGUAUUAACCGGUCAAAAGUAUAACCCGAGCAGAGUAUAUACACCGAGCGGCUCAGUUGGCCUAGGUGGCUCAUUGGUGGCCAUCUAUCCCGUUGCGGCACCAGGAGGAUACCAACUUAUGGGCCGCACAUUGGGUGGAUGGGACGGAACCGGAACUCGCACCGGCUUCUCUGCUGAGCGGCCCUGGCUGUUCAAUCACCUUGAUUUAAUAAAAUUUUACGAGGUCUCUGAGGAAGAGUACAACAAGAUUGAGCGAGAUUUCGAGACGGGUCGAUAUGUGUUUGACAUUACGCAAACGACACUAGAUAUGGAUGAGUAUAUUGCCAAAUUCGAAGCCGCCGCCAAGGAUCCCGCAUAUCAGGCCUGGAGGAAGCGUCAAGUUGAUGCUGCUCAAGAGGUGGGAGAGCAUGAGCAGCGUCUGUUUGACGAGUGGACGGCAGAAAAGAAUGCACGAAUCAACACUACAACUACUGAUGAUGACGAUACUGGUUCUGGCAAUGUCGUCUCUAUCGAAUCGCCUAUUAAUGCCAAUGUUUGGAAGGUGUUGGUCAAGCCAGGCGAUGUACUAGAAAAGGGCCAAACGGUGGCGGUGCUCGAGGCCAUGAAGAUGGAGAUUAAUAUAAUUGUCGAUGAGGGCCAGGCUGGCGCUGUAGUAACAAAGAUUAGCCAGCCGCCGGGAAGUGUAGUUAGUCCUGGGAUGGUAGUUGUGGAGGGUCGGAGGCAAGACUGA